GUCCCGGCCGCGCUGCCCGCACACCCUCCGGCGCCGCUGCAGCCAUGGCUCAGCCCUUCUCCCUGGCCGCCUGCGAUGUGGUGGGCUUCGACCUGGACCACACGCUGUGUCGCUACAACCUGCCCGAGAGCGCCCCGCUCAUUUAUAAUAGCUUUGCUCAGUUCUUAGUCAAGGAGAAAGGAUAUGACAAGGAACUGCUCACUGUCACUCCAGAGGAUUGGGAUUUCUGUUGCAAGGGCUUGGCUUUGGACCUGGAAGAUGGGAGCUUCAUUAAACUUGCAGAAAAUGGUACCGUGCUCAGGGCAAGCAAUGGCACAAAAAUGAUGACUGCAGAGUCCCUGGCAAAAGAAUAUGGCAAGAAGGAGUGGAAGCACUUCAUGUCAGACACAGAGAUGGCAUGCCGCUCAGGAAAAUAUUAUUUUUAUGAUAACUACUUUGAUCUACCAGGAGCACUUCUAUGUGCCAGAGUUGUGGACACUUUAACAGAGCACAACAAUGGUCAAAAAACAUUUGAUUUUUGGAAGGACAUAGUUGCGGCUAUACAACACAAUUAUAAAAUGUCAGCAUUUAAGGAGAACUUUGGAAUAUAUUUUCCAGAAAUAAAAAGAGAUCCAGGCAAGUAUAUACACAAAUGUCCUGAAUCUGUCAAGAAAUGGCUCCGAAAACUAAAGAGUGCUGGGAAAUUUCUCUUGCUGAUCACCAGUUCUCACAGUGACUACUGUCGACUUCUCUGUGAAUAUAUCCUUGGGAAUGAUUUUCCAGAUCUUUUUGACGUUGUGAUUACAAAUGCAUUGAAACCUGGUUUCUUCUCCCAUUCACCAAGUCAGAGACCUUUCAAGACACUUGUGAAUGACGAGGAACAGGAGGCACUGCCAUCUCUGGAUAAACCUGGCUGGUACUCUCAAGGGAAUGCUGUACAUCUUUACAAACUCCUGAAGAAAAUGACUGGCAAACCUGAACCCAAGGUUGUGUACUUUGGUGACAGCAUGCAUUCAGAUAUUUUUCCUGCCCAUCAUUAUAGUAACUGGGAGACAGUCCUCAUCCUUGAAGAGCUCAGCGGGGACAUGGACAGGAAGCCUGAGGAAUCCGAGCCUUUAGAGAAAAAAGGGAAAUAUGAGGAACUGAAGACAAAAUCUCUAAAUGCCUUAUCUAAAAAAUGGGGCUCUUUUUUCAUUGACUCCCUUCCGGGACUGAGAAAUACAGAAGACUCCUUGGUUUAUACCUGGUCAUGUAAGAGAAUCAGUACUUACAGCACAAUUGCAAUUCCAAGUAUUGAAGCAAUAGCAGAAUUACCACUGGACUACAAAUUCACAAGGUUCUCCUCAGACAGUUCAAAAACGGCUGGCUACUAUCCAAAUCCUCCAUUAGUCUUAUCAAAUGAUAGAAUAUUAAAAACAAAAUAAAUUAUCUUUUAAAAAUUAUGUAAAGAAAUAUAUUCAGCAAAUGAACCAUAAAAGUGCAAAUUUUCAAAGAAUACUAUAAAAUGCUUUAUAGAACAGAUUCUUAAUGAAAAUUGACCAAAAACUUUAUAUGCUUUUCUAUAACUUUUCUUUCUAUGUGGAUCAUCUUGAUGCCAGCAACAUUCAUUAUAUUGUUACGUUCAUACCGUAUAACUGUAAAUAGCUUGUAUUGACAUUUUCUCUACCAAUAGUUCUGAGAUCAGAAUUUACCUGGAAA